AUGGCCUCCACACCCCCCAAUUCCACAUAUCUGGCAGUUCCAGGCUCAGUUGCCUUUUCCCAGUCUAGGGGACGCGCAAUUGCUGCCAGCAUUGGAGCCCAGAAUGUUCGUGCUCAGUGGAUCCACUACGUCCACGCCGAACGCCCGUUAGAUACUCAACAACAGGGCGUUCUGGAGCAGCUGCUCCGUUACGGCGAUAUCACCGAUGUUCCCGCUUCCUUCAGUUCUGAAGAUGGUUCUUUCGAUGUCUUCUAUGUCUUCCCCCGCACUGGAACUAUUUCGCCAUGGAGUUCCCAGGCCACCGGCAUCUCGCAUGUCUGUGGUUUGCGCCAGUACGUCAAGCGUAUUGAGCGGGGUAUCAAGAUCUCGUGUCUUCGCAAUGGCUCCCAAGAGCUCAAGCCCGGCUUCGAAGAUAUCCUCCACGAUCGCAUGACUCAAGUGCUCAGCCAAACCGAGCCCGACCUGCAUUUGAUGUUUUCCGAACACGCCCCCGAGCCUCUCCAGACGAUCGCCCUCCACGGUAGCGACAAGUCUCCCAAAGAAGUCCUACAGGAAGCGAAUAAGCGGUUAGGAUUGGCGCUGGAACAAUCAGAGAUUGACUAUCUUGCCGAAGCGUACGGCCCCAACGGCCCUCUUGCUCGUGACCCCACCGAUGUUGAGCUGUUCAUGUUUGCGCAAGUCAACUCAGAGCACUGUCGCCACAAGCAGUUCAAUGCCUCCUGGGUCAUUGAUGGCGAGCAGAUGCCAAACAGUCUAUUUGCCAUGAUCCGCAACACCCACAAGAAGCACCCCGAACACACCGUCAGCGCCUACAGUGACAAUGCCGCCGUGCUGGAGGGACCCAGUGCCGCUUUUUGGGGUCCUGACUCGACCACCGGCGAGUGGAAUCACACCAAGGAGGUCGUUCAUUUCUUGGCCAAGGUUGAGACCCACAACCACCCCACUGCCGUAUCUCCCUUCCCUGGUGCUGCAACCGGCUCCGGUGGAGAGAUCCGUGACGAAGGUGCCGUAGGCAGAGGCUCGAAACCCAAGGCUGGCUUGUCUGGAUUCUGCGUUUCUGAUCUCCUGAUUCCGGGCCAUAAACAGCCCUGGGAGCUUGACGUAGGCAAGCCUAACCACAUUGCAAGCAGCUUGGAUAUUAUGCUCGAGGCUCCUAUUGGUAGUGCUCACUACAACAAUGAAUUCGGACGGCCGUGCACACUUGGAUAUUUCCGCACUCUUCUGACUCAGAUCGAUGUUGGCAGUGGUGAGACCGAGGUUCGUGGUUAUCACAAGCCUAUCAUGAUUGCUGGUGGUGUCGGUACCGUCAGACCACAGCACGCUAUCAAGAAGCCUGAGAUUGUUAAGCCCGGGUCUUACCUUGUUGUUCUUGGAGGACCUGCUAUGCUGAUCGGAUUGGGUGGAGGUGCCGCCUCUAGUAUCACGUCCGGUGAAGGAUCCGCAGACUUGGAUUUCGCUAGUGUACAGAGAGGCAAUGCCGAAGUGCAGCGGAGAGCCCAGGAGGUGAUCAACGCCUGUGUGGCCAUGGGAGAGAACAGCCCCAUCAAGUUCAUCCAUGAUGUUGGUGCUGGCGGUCUUUCUAAUGCACUCCCCGAGUUGAUCCACGAUUCCGGUCUCGGUGCUACUUUUGAGCUUCGCGAGGUUGACAGCGCCGAUAAGAGCAUGAGCCCCAUGCAGAUCUGGUGCUGUGAAGCUCAGGAGAGAUAUGUCCUUGCCGUCAGCGAAGAAGGCAUGAACAAAUUCACUGCCAUUGCUAACCGUGAGCGAUGCGGUUUCUCUGUUGUCGGCCGGGGUGAAGGUGCCGCAUCCGAAGAGGAAAAGAGACUCAUCCUCCUCGACAGAGAUUCUACCCAGUAUCCCAAGCCCAUCGAUCUUCCAUUGUCUGUCCUCUUCGGCAAGCCUCCCCGGAUGACUAGAACCGUGGACUCCCGCAAAUUGAAGCUGCCCGCUGUCGACGCCAGCCUCACUACCUACCUCCCAUCGCUUGCGCCAAACCGCGUUGAGCUGAUCAGCGAGGCCGCAAACCGUGUUCUGUCUCUGCCUGCUGUCGGCUCCAAGUCUUUCCUUAUCACUAUCGGUGAUCGUACCGUUGGUGGUCUCACUGCUCGGGACCAGAUGGUUGGACGCUGGCAGACUCCAGUGUCUGACGUCUCUGUCACGGCAACUGCCUUGCUGCAGGGAAUGAAGACUGGCGAGGCCAUGGCUAUGGGUGAGAGGCCAACCCUUGCCCUCAUCUCUCCGGCAGCAUCGGCGCGGAUGGCGGUUGCGGAAUCUCUCAUGAACAUCGCUGCCGCGGACCUGUUCGAUCGAUUGAGCCAGGUCAAGCUCUCAGCCAACUGGAUGUCCGCCAGUAAUCAUCCCGGUGAAGGUGCGGCCAUCUACGAAGCCGUUGAAGCUAUUGGCAUGGACCUGUGCCCCAAGCUUGGCAUCAGCAUUCCAGUUGGAAAGGACUCCAUGUCUAUGAAGAUGAAGUGGACAGACGAGGCCUCCAAGGAGUCGAAGGAGGUCACUGCUCCCAUGUCGCUCGUCAUCACCUCCUUCGCGCCUGUUGGUGACUUCCGCAAGACGUGGACUCCUGCCCUGCGCCGUGUUGAGGAUGUCGGCGAGACUGUUCUGAUGUUCGUCGAUCUUUCCUUCGGUCGCAGGACCCUGGGUGGUUCUGCCCUGGCUCAAGUUUUCAGCCAGGUCGGAGACGAAUGUCCCGACGUUCGUGACGUAGAGAUCUUCAGAGAUUUCUUCGAUGCCACUCAACAGCUACAGGAGGCUGGCAUCGUCCUGGCCUACCACGAUAGAUCUGAUGGUGGUUUGUUCACUACUCUCGCCGAGAUGAUGUUCGCCGGCCGAUGCGGCGUUGAAAUCAUGCUGGACAACAUUUGCCCCACCAACGACACACAGGAUAUCAUCUCGACACUCUUCACGGAAGAACUGGGUGCGGUCUUCCAGGUUCGCAAAGAGCAUGAGAUCCAAUUCCGUUCGUGCUUUGCCACCUGCGGUCCCCCUGCUGGCCUGAUCCAUAAGAUUGGUCGUGUCUCCGAGAGACCUAAGCAAAACCUUGCCAUCUACCACAAGGCCAGCCUGGUCUACCGCAACAGCCGUGCAAACAUCCAACAGACUUGGGCCACCACCUCCUACCAGAUGCAGAAGAUCCGUGACAAUGCCGCCUGCGCGGAACAGGAAUUCUCGAACAUCUUGGACGACACGGAUCCCGGUCUGUCAUGGAACCCCACCUUUGACCCUAAGGACCGGGCCAUGCCUCUCCUCACCAGCCUCAAGUCUCCCUUCAGCAACAAGCCCCGCGUCGCGAUCCUGCGUGAGCAGGGUGUGAACAGCCAGGCUGAGAUGGCCUUUGCUUUCAACACGGCCGGCUUCUCUGCUGUCGACGUCCACAUGACCGACAUCAUUUCUGGCCGCGUUUCCCUUUCCAGCUUUGUCGGUCUGGCCGCCUGCGGUGGUUUCUCCUACGGCGACGUCCUCGGCGCUGGCCAAGGAUGGGCCAAGUCCGUCCUGCUGCACGAGAACACCCGCAACGAGUUCCAGAGCUUCUUUGAGCGCCCCGACACCUUCGCCCUGGGCGUCUGCAACGGCUGCCAGUUCCUCUCCCGUCUCAAGGAUUUGAUCCCCGGCGCCGCCAACUGGCCUAGCUUCGAGCGCAACGCCAGCGAGCAGUACGAAGGACGCGUCUGCAUGGUCCGCAUCUCCGACCCUGACCAGGCAAACCCAAGCGUCUUCCUGCACGGCAUGAACGGUACCUCGCUGCCCAUCGCCGUCGCCCACGGCGAAGGCCGCGCCUCUUUCGCCCCGGCCUCCAACGCCACCGCCGAAGCCUUCGUCCGCGAUGGCCUUGCCCCCGUCCAGUAUGUCGACAAUGCCACCCUCAAACCCACCAUGAAAUAUCCCUUCAACCCCAACGGCAGCCCCGAGGGUAUUGCCGGUAUCCGCAACGCCAACGGCCGUGUGCUGGCCAUCAUGCCUCACCCCGAGCGUACCGUCAUGGGCGGCAUUGCCAGCUACCUGCCUCCCAAUGCUGAAGAAUGGGGCGACAUCGGUCCUUGGGGGCGUGUCUUCUUUAGUGCUAGAAGAUGGGUGGGUUAA